UUUUUGCGCGCGCAUGACUUCACACCACACACCAACGAAGCCAUUCACGGCAACACAAGAGACAGCCACUGCAGGACCUGUUCCUCGAUUUCCAUGGCGGCGGCGCCCUCCGGCUCUGCUGCUUCCAUGCACGCCGGGGGGAUAUUACUGCCCGCAGCUUCCUCGCUCCGCCCGCGACCGCCGCUGCGGCCUUCUCGGCCUCGUACGCACGUAUUGCUCCACCUCGGCCGUGCCAACGCCGACAUGCGCUGCCGCCGCCGGCUCCUCACAGCGCGAGGUGAGCGCCCUCACCACGACGACGACGAGGAGGAGGAGGAGGAAUCGGCUGGGUUCGACGCGGCGGUGGCGCUGUUCAACCGCGGCGAGUACCACGCGUGCCACGACGUGGUGGAGGAGCUGUGGUACGGCGCCGAGGACCCCGCGCGGACGCUCCUCCACGGCAUCCUCCAGUGCGCCGUCGGACUCCACCACCUCUUCAACCAGAACCACCGCGGCGCGAUGAUGGAGCUCGGGGAAGGCCUCUGCAAGCUCCGCAAGCUGCAUCUAGACGAAGACGAAGACGACGACGGCGACGGCCCCUUCUCCCGAUUCCGGGAGGAGGUCGCCGCCGUGCUGCACUUCCUCUACCGCACCCAAAAGGAGCUCGCCGCAUGCACUGAUGAGCUAUGCUUAACCAUGGACGGCUCGCCGAGCUCGUACCAGCUGCUUGGCAACUUCGCCGCCGGCCAGCAACUGUACCGGUUGGAAGCUGACGCAGAUGGCGCUUCCAGGAUAAUCUUCUCUGCAUCUGACGAUCGGGUUUCACAAGCAGUUCCUCCUGCGGUGAAACUUCCGACAUUGCAUGCCACGGAGCAAAAUCUGAGAGCGCUUCAAUGUACAUACGAAUAUAUGUAGACUUGGUCCUUCGAAAAAACAAAAUUUAGAGACGUAGCCUACAUGUAUAGCCCGUGUAUGCUCAAUUUGGUAAUGCACUGAGAAUGAGAACUGAA